AUGCUCAAACACAGAAACAUCAUCCAAUAUCAGAAGAAUCAAAUUGAGGGCAAGUUUGGUUUCAAGGUGCUGGCUGAUUUGGCGUUUUGUUUCGGCUCAACAACACCCCACCAUGGCUUUUCGGUUUCCAGUAACCAACAACAACAGGUCUUUGUGUAUAUGGAAAAGGUUUCUUUGGUCAGGCAAUGCAACUUGGGGCAUCAUCAUCUUUUUGGGUUCAAGUCCCAGCCUGUAUCAAGUGGCCAUUUGUUGGAAAAUCAUCUUGGAACGCGUCCAGGGCUCUAUUGGCCUGCGUUUGAGUUGAUGGGGGAUUUGCAACAGCUUGUAGUCGCCCCAGAUUACGAGUCAGAUUACGAGUCUCGUACGAUACGUCCACGUCGAGGUGUGUUGCAAGGAUCAAUCCUGAGUCCCAUCCUGUAUGCGGUGUUCAUCGAUAGUCUCCCUCGUCAAUUACGCCUUGGCUUGGAAAGCAGCGAAUAUCAAGCAUCACCAUCUCUCUUGGUCUCUACAGUGGCAACCAAUGAUGUGAGUGAAUUUCAAUUGCAAGAUUUUGAUCACCACACAUUGAGGGAUCCCGCUCGUCGCACAUACCAACGUAUCACCACCAAUAUCCUGUUUUAUGCAGAUGAUGUCGCAAUCAUUGGUACAACAGCCGAAGUAAGGAUGUUGCUUGUGCUGGCACAACUUCAUUCUGAACGGUAUGGUUAUCGCUGGAGCCCACCUAAAUGUACCAUCCUUAAUGCAAGUUCUUCCUCAAGAUAUCGUUUAUACGGUCAAGAACUGCAAAGAGUCACGUACUUCAAGUAUCUUGGUAUCAUUUUCACAGGCAAAGGCAUUGAUGUCACUCGAACGGUGCAAGCUUCAGCAACAAAGGGUGUUCAAGCAAUGGGUCUGCUCCACAAUCUUGGUGCACACAAGUACGCGUUUGGUCUUGGCGUAUCUCUUAGGCUGUAUCGUACGUUCAUUCGUCCAGUCAUUGAAUAUGGCCUUGCCAUCGCACACACCACCAAUAUCAAGCAUUUGGAACGUGCCCAAGAAAGGUAUAUUCGAUUAGCGUUCAAUGUCCAAGACCCCAAUGCACACACACCCACAAUUCAAGCAAAGGUCAUGGCCGACUUGCCUUCCAUGAAGUUACGUUCGCGCAUUCUUGAAUUCAAGUUUGUUGUACUGCCCAUGAGUUGCCACCUUAAUAAAUGCAAUUUGAACUUGUAG